CCCCGAGGCCGCCCGCAUCCCGUCGUGCCCUGCGGCCCGGAAGCGGUGCCCGCCAUGGAGGAGGACGAGCCGGAGCUGGCGGCGGGGCUGGAGGCCGCCCUGGAGCUGGCCCCCGCCGUGCAGGCCGCUAUCGAGCAGGUCUUCCCCAGCCAAGAUCCACUGGACAGAGCAGAUUUCAAUGCUGUAGAGUAUAUCAAUACUCUCUUUCCCACUGAGCAAUCCUUGGCAAACAUUGAUGAAGUUGUGAACAAAAUCAGACUGAAAAUAAGGAGGUUGGAUGACAACAUUCGGACUGUAGUGAGAGGACAGACCAACGUGGGACAGGAUGGCAGGCAGGCCCUGGAAGAAGCCCAGAAAGCCAUUCAACAGCUCUUUGGUAAAAUUAAGGAUAUUAAGGACAAGGCUGAAAAAUCAGAGCAAAUGGUUAAAGAGAUUACUCGAGAUAUCAAGCAGCUAGAUCAUGCCAAGCGUCAUCUGACCACCUCCAUCACCACCCUCAAUCACCUGCACAUGCUGGCUGGGGGUGUGGAUUCCCUGGAGGCUAUGACCAGGAGGAGACAAUAUGGGGAAGUUGCCAACCUUCUCCAAGGUGUCGUGAAUGUGUUAGAGCACUUCAACAAAUACAUGGGGAUUCCUCAGAUCCGGCAGCUCUCUGAAAGGGUGAAGGCAGCGCAGAAUGAGUUGGGACAGCAGAUCCUGGCGGACUUUGAGGAAGCCUUUCCUUCUCAAGGUACAAAGAGGCCUGGUGGACCCAGCAAUGUCCUACGUGAUGCAUGUCUAGUUGCCAACGUCCUGGAUCCCAGAAUCAAGCAGGAAAUCAUCAAGAAAUUUAUUAAGCAACACCUCUCAGAGUACCUGGUCCUUUUCCAGGAAAACCAAGAUGUGGCCUGGCUGGACAAGAUCGACAGGCGCUACGCCUGGAUCAAGCGGCAGCUGGUGGACUACGAGGAGAAGUACGGCCGCAUGUUCCCGCAGGAGUGGUGCAUGACGGAGCGCAUCGCCGUGGAGUUCUGCCACGUCACCAGGACAGAACUCGCUAAGAUCAUGCGCACAAGAGCAAAAGAGAUUGAGGUGAAACUGCUUUUGUUUGCAAUCCAGAGGACAACCAACUUUGAAGGACUUCUGGCUAAACGCUUCUCAGGUUGCACUCUAGCUGAUGGGACAGUGAAAAAGCCAGAAGUGCCACUUCCCUCCACCAACCCAUUUCUGGAGGAUGAAACUGGGACAGAAACAGAUGAGAUUGUGAUUGAGAAAAGUGACACGGAUAAACCAAAGAAGCCAAAGGUCCCUGACAAUCCCUUCCAUGGCAUUGUUUCCAAGUGCUUUGAGCCUCACCUUUAUGUGUACAUCGAGUCCCAGGACAAAAACCUCAGCGAACUGAUUGACAGGUUCGUGGCGGAUUUCAAGGCUCAAGGUCCCCCCAAGCCCAACGUGGACGAAGGAGGAGCAGUCCUGCCCAGCUGUGCUGACCUCUUUGUCUACUACAAGAAGUGCAUGGUGCAGUGCUCCCAGCUCAGUACAGGCGAGCCCAUGAUAGCUCUGACCACCAUAUUCCAGAAGUACCUUCGGGAAUACGCCUGGAAAAUUCUCUCUGGAAACCUGCCCAAGACAACCAGCAGCAGUGGUGGGCUCACCAUUACUAGUUUGCUGAAAGAAAAGGAAGGCUCUGAAGUGGCAAAGUUUACGUUAGAAGAGCUCUGCCUCAUUUGCAGCAUCCUGAGCACUGCAGAGUACUGCUUGGCGACCACCCAGCAGUUGGAAGAGAAACUCAAAGAAAAAGUGGAUGCAAGUCUAGUGGAGAGAAUCAACUUGACAGGAGAGAUGGACACUUUCAGCAUUGUGAUCUCCAACAGCAUACAGCUGUUAGUGCAGGACCUGGAUGCAGCCUGUGACCCUGCCCUGACUGCUAUGAGCAAGAUGCAGUGGCAGAACGUGGAACACGUUGGUGACCAGAGCCCUUAUGUCACCUCGGUGAUUCUGCACAUUAAGCAGAACGUCCCCAUCAUCCGUGACAACCUGGCCUCCACCAGAAAGUACUUCACUCAGUUCUGCAUCAAAUUUGCAAACUCCUUCAUUCCCAAGUUCAUUAACCAUCUCUUCAAGUGCAAACCUAUCAGCAUGGUGGGGGCAGAACAGUUGCUGCUGGACACUCACUCUCUGAAGAUGGUUCUCCUGGAUCUGCCCUCCAUUGGAUCCCAAGUGGUGAGGAAGGCUCCUGCCAGCUACACAAAGAUAGUGGUGAAAGGCAUGACUCGGGCUGAAAUGAUCCUGAAGGUGGUUAUGGCUCCUCACGAGCCACAGGUUGUGUUUGUUGACAACUACAUUAAGCUCCUUGUUGACUGCAGCACCGACACUUUCCAGAAGAUACUGGAUAUGAAGGGCGUGAAGAGGAGCGAGCAGAGCAGCAUGCUGGAGCUCUUCCGCCAGCGCCUGCCGGCUCCCCCCUCCGGCGUGGAGAACAGCAGCUCCCUCUCGCUGAGUGCUCCCACCCCCGAGCAGGAGUCCUCCCGCAUACGGAAACUGGAGAAGCUCAUCAAGAAAAGGCUCUAAGUGAGCAGAAGGAAACUCCCUUGCUCAGGACUAGCUGAAGUGACUGGAAGCAAAGCAAUUCAGACUUAUGCUGCUGAGAAGUCCAUGUCCCAUCACUCCCAUGCCCUGUGAUCUCUUAACCAUCUUACACUGAGGUGCUGCAUCUGCAUUCAGAACAAGGGAACUCUGUCGAGGUGUUUGCCCUUCUGUAUCUUAGAAAGAGUCAAACCUAGGACACUGCUGGGUCCAUGUGGUGGAGAAAAUAGGAGGUACCUGGAAGUCAGCAGCUACAAGAACAGUUUAGGUGGAUUCCAGGAAUAGCUGGCUGUGAUACACUUGGUGUCCCAGUCUUCAGCCUGGCUGAGCUCCUGAAGAGUGCAUAAGAGUUGGGUGUUGCUGCUUGCUCCCAGUUGCAGAGCUGUUCCUCUGUUUCAUUAUUUAUUGCAGGGGAGGGGACCAACUCCAAACCAUCACCACCACCGAAGAAACCUCAACCCUUUAACAGCUGGCAUCCAGGCACCUGCAACUCCGCUGAAGUAAUGAGACACUCCAAAGCAAGUCUCUCCCCUGCUCCCAGGACAGGCAUGCCUAAACCACCAGUAAAACAGUGAGGCAACUCCUUUUGAGAACAGGAGGAAAGGGCUGGAUUAAUGCCUUCUGCACCUUGGCAAGCCUCCUGCCAGCAAGCCAGCAGCCUCAGUCGCUGUUACAGCUUGAAGGCCAAACCCUAGACAUCUGCAGAGCCCAUUCCAGCUGCUUGUUAUUUCUCUUGCAUGUGCUGGGCUCGCCUCUGUCCCUGCAGGGAGUUCCCGUACCACAUCUUGCCCUCUCGCCACAAAGGGCUGUUCAUGGAGCAAGCGUCAAACAGCACCAGCCCCUGGCGUGGCCCAAGCAGGGGUGUGCCACUUUGGCACCUUCACUGCCCUGCGAGGAGACCUGCUGGAAAUGUUGGCUUUUACAGGACAGGAUGCUUAUACCAGCCUCAGAAUUAGACGGCCUUCCUCUCCUCCUCUUCCUCUGAGUUUCAGCUUGUACCAGUGCAGAGAGGAGGAGAACCAGAGGGGGAAUAUUUUGGAUAACCCACCAGCUCCUGCUGGCACCCAGUCACUAAGCCAGCAUGGAGCAGGGGUGGGGUGAUGGGGUGCCCCCUGCCCACUGCGGGAGCUUCAGUGCAGGGAGACAUUGCCUCAUUGUUAGCAGUGCUGGAUUUCUUCCCAGCCUCCUCUGUACCCUUUUUGGGGGACUUUGAAGGCAGAUACCCAACCAUGAACAAUCGAAUCCUCUAUGGGCUUAGGGAGAGACUGACCAGUUGUGCCUGCUUUAUUUUAACCCAAGCUUCACUUGCCUGUGCAGGAAAAAGAAGCCCUGUACCAGUCUGGUAAGUGAGGAGCAAUCAUGCUGUCAGAUGCCUUCUUGGGAGGGUCAUGCUCCCCACCCCAUCAAGUUUGGGCCUUAGGACUUACUGGGGGCUGUGCUCACAAGGGAUUGAUGUGCUCACUGCUGCGCAGCAGGGAGGAGAGAAUCAGACAUGCUGCAGGAAAAUGAGCUUCAUCCACACAAAGGCAGAGCUUCACUGGGAUCAGGAGGGAGGAGGUGAAACAAGGAAUUCCCUGAGCAAGGCACAACCUGAGUUCACACUGCCUCUGCGUGCUCGUGCUUCAGCACCAUCCUCUCUUGGGCACAGGCUGCUCUCAUUCCUUUCCUCAAACCCGUGGCAGAUUUGGUGCCCAGCUGGUAAAAUCGCAUCCUCCCUUUGCAGAGCUGCCAGCUGAGCCUGCGCUUGAACAAGCAGGAGUUGAUCACAGGGUUCAAGCAGGAAGAAUAAAUCCAUAGAGAUGAAGUCCUCACUGGUCAGGUUUCUAACACUGUCUGCCUUUUCAGGCGUGCCCAGGCUUGGGCCUGUGGUGUGCAGAUGCUCAGCUGCAGAGAGCUAUGAUGGUGAUGUCCAUCGCAGAGCAGCAGUGACAGUACUUGUGGGGAGGGUUGACAGUUUCUUGUCACUCCAGUUUUGCAGAUCUUCCUGAGCCUGCUGCUACUUCAUUUAUUUCCUCUCCUGCUUUCACCUCGGGUGGCCAAAGAAGGAGCAGUGGUUGAACACACAUCAGGAUUAUGAGCAGCUGUUCCCCAAGGACAGGUUAUCUGGAGGUGCUGGAUCACACGCUACCCAACGCAGUAGCUAGGGAGGAGGGGACAGGUUUGCAGCGAUUCUUUAUUCCUGGGGAGGGAUGAAUAAUUUAUUUUAGAUUAAUUUUUCUUUGCUUUGCCUAUGGGUGACUCUAACUAAAUUAUGAACAGCUGAAGACAGUGUGGAAGUUAUCGCCACAUGUCUCUCCUUGAAGGCUUCCCCCUUUUUGUUCUCCUUUUUGUUCCAACUUCUCAUCCUGGAAAUAAGAGGAAAUAGAAGGGAAAAUAAAGGUUUUGUUUCAGCCCUCGAAGAAUGCUACAGGCCUGGGCGGUCAGAGUUCUGCUUUUGGGGAGCAAGGCUGCAUUUUUCUACUUACAGAAUCAGGGGCUUGCCCCCAUGGCACUUGGAUGCUUAACAGCUUUGGCUCCUCGGUAAGCACAGGUCAGCCCCUUGGGGUUUGUGUCUCCGGGGAUUAAAGGAUGUUUUUUUUCUUUUCUGUGUAAAUGCCACUUUUUCAGUUUCUCAUCCAAGGUGUAACCUGGCUGGCUGUCGGAGUGUGACACUAAAGUGAAUUAAAUGGUUACUGUUGUUCA